AUGACAUUUGCGAUUCUUCUUAAGGCUGUCGAGGCCAGCGAACCCAGUUCAUGGAGACUUGCCGUUUCCGGGGUUUUGGGAUCCACAUCUCUCGCCUGCUGGAUAGUCUUGUUAAUGCCACAGCUCAUAGAGCAAUGGAGAAUGAAAUCCGCCGAAGGUAUUGCCAUCGGAUUCAUCUCAAUCUGGUUCCUUGGUGAUGUCUUCAAUCUCGUCGGGUCAAUCUGGGCUGGGUUGCUCCCCGAGGUUGUGUUCUUGGCCAUCUGGUUUUGCAUUGCUGACUUCUUGAUGAUUACUUCGUACAUUUACUACACAUAUGUGUUCCCAAAGCACCACCCUAACCAUAUCAAGAGACCCUCUCAUGGUGGCACUCCUACCCAUGAAAACGAGCCCCUUCUUGAGAGAAGAAGAAGAUCGUCCACCUUGACAGACAUUGCAUUGGAGCCAGAAGAGCAUUCUGUGUUCUAUAAGUAUGUGUUACCUAUUCUAUUCGUAAUUGGUGCCGGAUUGGCUGGAUUUUUCCUUUCUGGCAGCCUGGGCAGUGGUGAUGAUGCUCCUCAACCUCCUGUCGAUGACUCCCCUCCUAACAUUGAGUUGGGUCCUCAAAUUAUUGGCUACAUUUCAGCUGCAUUGUACUUGGGUGCAAGAAUCCCACAAAUCAUUCAAAACCAUAGAAGAAAAUCUGUUCAAGGUUUGAGCUUGUUGUUCUUCUUAUUCUCUACCUGUGGUAACUUGUUCUAUGCUGGACAAAUCUUGUUCUACAGAAGUGACUCCCAAUACAUUUUGUUGAACUUGAGUUGGUUGUUGGGCUCACUUGGAACUAUCUUUGAAGAUAGUUUUAUUUUCUUGCAGUUCUACUUAUACAAGGAUAAUGUGGUUGUUGUCCACUAA